AUGUUUGGGUGCACAUAUUACAACGCAUUAGAUUUCUAUGAAGAGGUUCAAAGAUCAGUGGACCUGCUCUUUAUUGUGGCCCAUAUUAUCUACGUGACAUUUGCUGACAAUUUCAUCAACAGUGCUCUUGCAUCACUUGCAAUCUACAUCCCAGCUAUUGUUCUCACAGCGAUCACCAUAUAUCUCCUGCCGAAAAUUUUCCGAAGAGUCAAAUCAAAAAAACUUCGAAUCGCAUUUGCUUUUGUUGUCCACAUCUUUUUGAUCCUGCUCCCAGUGGUUCCAAGAGUCUUGGUGUUUUCUGUGGGAUGGAAUUUCCAGAUGUUGAUCCUCCUCGUGAUUGCUCCACUCAUCAUCAUACACUUGGUUCUUUACUUGAACCGCUAUCAAUUCCCAACUGAAAUUUUCUACAAUGAAGACGUAGUUUCUUUUGUAUUUGUUGGAAACGCUGUGAUCUUGGUUGCUUCAAUUCGGAUCGCAUAUGAAAUAACUGCUGGAUGGGAUUUUGCUGCUAUCAUCAUGGUUCAAGGAAUCUUCUCUCCAAUCACCUUCAUUGCAAGCCUCGACUUUCUUCAUAUUCUGGCGGAACAACGCACAUUUUUCCCGGGAAGUAAUUUGGUUUCAAUUCAACCGGUCGAUAAAGAACCCGGCGCUCAAGAUAAACAACACUCGUCAGAAUGUCAUAUCUGCAGUUUUGAAUACUCCGAGAAACUCCUCCCAAAAAUAUUGAUUGAAUGCGGUCACACUCUAUGCGCCGAUUGUGCUCACAACCUCUCGCUUCAGAACGGCAAACAAUUCGUUUACUGCCCAUAUUGCCGCCAAAUCACCCUCACUCAUGGAAACGCAUCCAAUCUGAAAACUAAUCUUGAAGUUUUGGACCUUGUGAACAUCAUCAAGGAGUUAAAAAAGAAAAUAGUGCAAAACGAUGUGGCUAACAUACUGGCAUAA